UCUAAUUUAUGCUUUUGUACAUAUUUUCUAACAAAAUGUGAAAGUUGUAAGACACCAUGAACUCGCCAUAAACGGAACGCAAAUAUUAUUUUCAUCACGUUCCACCUCCCAGUUCUUCCAAGCUAAGUGGAAGCAGACCCACGGGAAUUGACAAAAUGGUGAACUGGGGUAUCCUAGGAGCUAUUCUGGCGCCCAACAUGGGCGGAUGGGUGAGCGCGUUCACAAUGAGAGGCCAAGUAAAAAGGCCUGACGGUAGGGCUUGGUACCAGACUAUCAAGAAACCUACUUGGACCCCACCUGCUUGGGUGUUCGGACCUGCGUGGACGGUGCUGUAUUCCGGGAUGGGAUACGCGUCGUACCUUGUUUAUGCUGAGUGUGGUGGUUUUACAGAUGACGCCAUAGUGCCGCUAGCGUUGUACGGUGGUCAACUCAUACUCAACUGGACAUGGACGCCUGUGUUCUUCGGCAUGCACCGCAUUGGACUGGGUCUUCUCCAUAUGUUUGUCCUGGACGCGGCAGCGGUCGCCUGCACCAUCAGUUUCUUCAACGUAUCAGCCACGUCAGGCUAUCUAAUGAUACCUUACCUCGCCUGGCUAUCAUUCGCUACCUGCCUUAAUUACUCUAUUUGGCAACUUAACAAGCCUGUUAAUGAGAAGAAGGUUAAUGGCGACUAGAUUAAGAGCAAGCAGGGGCUCGAUUCUGCUAAUUUUACUUAAGCGAUAUACGAUUGAUAUUCAAUUACGAUUGAAGUAUGAAAUCCGAGUGACGAAAAUACUUGAGUCGUAAUCUGGUCUUAUUAGUAGCAGAAUGCAAAAUGUUAAGGAAUUUUAACAGUAUUAAACUCUGUUGAGAUUCCAUUGAUUUCCAAUUUACACAUUAUUAAAGUAACAGAAUUGAGCUCCUGAUGAUCAAUUAAAUUGAGCUUAAAAUCAUUGCGCAAUCUUCAAUAUUAACUCCUUAUAUUAUGGUCAAUAAGCAACGUAAUGUUGCGCAAUUUAAUUAAUAGUGUAAGCUGCCUCUAAGUGCAUUUAUGAAGGCCUGAUUGCAUUGAGCUAGUAGAACGUAUAGGAUAUUUUCAAGGAUAUUAAUAUAGUGAUAUUAAUCAUGUAUGAUAGAAUUUUUCGAAGGCGUUUACAUUACAUUUGUCUCUCCAGACCUUGUUCAUGACAACUUAUUAUUUUAAAGUUUGUCAGUAUCAAAGAUUAUUUGGCCUUGAUUGAUUUAAUAACAUAAUGAUGGGUACUUGCACAAUCAGGUCUUUUUACAGUAUUAGUUUUUAAGUGAAAGUGAAGAGUAUAUUUUAAAAAGACUAUGCAAUAUUUACAUUAUGAUUGUUUAGAAGAAACAUAAUAACAAAAUCUUUAUACAUACACCAAAGAAACUUACACUUGACUAUCAUGCACUUGAACAAGAAAUGCAAUAGAAUAUUCGAACUAAUGAAAAUAACAGAAUUUUCGUGGCCGUCCAGCAGUUUCGAAAACAACCCCACACAAACGAACGUACAAACUGAUAUUACCUCUUAAUGCUUUUAACAUAGAAGUAAAAAAAUAGUAUAUAGUUCAAGUUAAUUUUAUUUAACAAAUAUACAGACAGAUAUUAUCA